CUGGGCCUGCGCCCACUUUAGAGGCCAGUGCUGCCCGUCCUUUGCAUGGCACCCAAGAAAGAGAAAGGCGGGACGACGAACACCGGUUCCAAGAUAUGGGAACCGUCCCUCAUCGCUGCACCCUUCAAUCAGAACGAUUGGAGGGCCUCCAUCGCUUUCGUAGUUGGAAACCGGAUUGAGGACGAUCUUCUCAUUGGAGCCCUCACGCUCGCCGUCCAGGUGCCGCAGCGUAAACUCUUCAGUGUGGUGUCAUGGCAAGACAUUCUUCAGCAGAUCAAUGACUCAAAUGCCCUCUUGGAAACUCCAUCUAAAAAGGCAAAGAAGCCUGCAGUCGGUAGUGGUGCCUUGUAUCAUGAGGUGUUAACGGCCGCAAAAGCAAUUAUGGACAGUGGAGAGAAAUUAACCUUACCACUGAUAGGGAAACUCUUGAAAUUUCAACUCCUCCAGAUUAAACUGAAGGACCAACAGCGACGGGAAAAUGAAAAGAAGGUGAUAGAAGACAGAUUUAAGGUAGACAAAGAGAAAGGGAAAACCAAAUCUCCCAAGGAGAAGGCCCCGAAUGCCAAAGUUGCCAAAGGAAAGGGAAAGGAUCAGCCCGAGGUGAGCAGCACGGUGAAGACCACGCAGCUGAAGCGGAGGGGAGAGGAAGACGGCGCCAGACUCUACAUCGACGAUGAGCCAGAUGACGGUGACCAGCAUUACAUUAUAGUCGUGGGCUUCACCCAUCCUCAGCUCUUGGCCAUCAUGACCGAGCUCGGCAUCCCCAUCAGCUGCGUGAUUAAAAUAGCUUCCGAGAGCUAUGCACCUCUGCAGAUGCACCUGGCAGCAGUCAGCCAGCAACAGGAAGCUUUCCUUCAGCCCGAAGAUAUAGAAGCUGAAAAACUGAAGAGAGAGAAUGCCAUAAAAGAACUUGACAUUUUCUGGAAGUACUUGGAACCAAUCCUGAAUAAUGAGAAACCUGCAACAAAUCUCUUUGAUGUUGCUCGGCUUGAAUACGUGGUCAAAGCACGUAACUUCCCUUCCGAUUGGUCAGACAGCAAGUUGCUGCUGGAAUUGGGCACCGACAUUUUUGAAAACAUUGCCUGUUUGAUGUACGACAGCCUGGACUGGAAAAGGCAGCACCAGCAUUAUUUGAAAAGCAUGCAGCUCAUUCAUGUCCCACAGGUGGUUCGUGAGAAACUUGUCUUAGAAGCCAUAUCGGUUUCUGAGGCUCCACCAUUGGUUGCUCCAAUCGCUGGGAAGAAGAGAGCACAAAAUGAAGAACUGCAAGUACCACCAUCACCGGCUUUCGUCAUCACAACUGAAGUAGACAUGAGGUAUUACAAUGAUUUGCUCAAUCAGAUUCCAGAAGAAUUCGUUUCUGUGCCUCUGAUGCUGCACUGUAUGCUGGAACAGGUUGUGGCGACUGAAAAAGACCUCGUCCCACCCAGUCUGGUGGAGCCACCCCCCAGAGCAGACGGGCUGGACCCCAGAAUCGCAGCUCACAUCGUGUCCAUCCUGCCCUCUCUCUGUCUCACCGAGAGGGAGAAAAAGAAUCUUCGUGAAAUAUUUUUAUCUGAAGAAGAGAAUGAAAGCAAACCAGUGCCCAAAGGUCCUCUCCUGCUGAACUAUCACGACAUACUCACCCACAAGAAGUACGCACUGAAGAACCAAAAGAAUUUUGACCCAGUUCAAAUUGAGCAGGAGAUGCAGUCCAAGUUGCCACUGUGGGAAUUCCUUCGAUUCCCCCUGCCCCCGCCAUGGAACAGUACCAAACGUCUGGCUACAAUUCAUGAACUCAUGCACUUCUGCACAAACGAAACCUUGAGCUGGAAUGAAGUAGAACGAGCCUUCAAAGUAUUUACUUUUGAGAGCCUAAAACUCUCCGAGGUUGACGAAGAAGGGAAACUAAAGCCUUCUAAAAUGAUGGAUCGGACAGAUGCUGAGAUGUUCAACAUUCCGUGGGACAACCCUGCCCAAUUUGCUAAGCAGAUUCGGCAACGGUACAUUGCCAAAAUGAACACCCAGCAGGCCAGACACCAGACAGAUAUUGAAACCGAAGAGACAGUUUUAUUUAUGUAUCAGAAUUGGUCAACAUCUGUGCAAGAUGAUGAGCUCGGUAAAGGACCUUCAGAUGCCAGUCGGCCUGAUGCCCACAGUAUGACUCAUUCUCACCCAGAUAACGAGAACCCUUUAGAGGCUGAUAACAGAGGGCUGUCAGAGCAGGAGAGCAGUAUGAAGACUCAGCUCCAACCUGACCCUUUGGAGCAGACCACGAACAAUGAGAUCAAAGAUGAAGCAGUCACAAGGACCGAGUCUCUUGAAAAGAAACCCAGGAAGAUGCCCGUGGAAGCAGAGUUGGAGGACAUCAAGGAAAUGCAGCAACGCAGUCUCAUGGACUGGAGUUUCACUGAACAUUUUAAACCAAAAGUCCUGCUGCAGGUUCUUCAAGAAGCUAAUCAGCAGUACAGGUGCAUUGACUCUUACUACCACACCCAAGACAACUCUUUACUGUUGGUGUUUCACAACCCAAUGAAUGCACAGCGUCUGCACUGUGAAGGUUGGAGUGUGGCCCUUCACUCCAAUGUUGGAUUCAGGAAUUAUUUGGAACUUGUUACAAAAUUCAUUGGAGAUUGGAUCAUAAAAGAAGAAGCUAUAUAUCAGGAAUCUAAAAUGGCUGAGGAAAUCGCUAAGACCAUGGCUGAGCUGGAAUUGAAAUCUUCUGCUAGUGCCAAAUUUGUUUCUCCUGGCAAAAUUAAUUCUUUAAAAAAAUCUAAAAGUAACAAAGGAAUAAGCAAAGCUGAGAUAACAGAUCCAGAAAAAGAAAAAGAGAAGGAAAAGAUUCCUUUCAUUUUAGAAGGCUCUCUCAAGGCCUGGAAAGAAGAACAAGAUCGAUUAGCGGAAGAGGAACGCUUAAAGGAAGAGAAAAAAGCAGAAAAGAAGAGUAAGGAAGCUGGUAAAAAGAAAGGCAAGGAAAAUGGACAGAAAGAAGAUAGUACGACGGUGAAGAACAGGUCUAUUUCCAAAGAGAAAUCUAAGGAGCAAAUCAAGAUCCCAGAAAUAGUAGUACCAGAGGAGCCCGUCCAGCAACCAGAACCCGAGACAGUUUACCCGUUUCAUGGAUACAAUAUGGGAGAUGUACCCAUCCAAAUCUCAGGAACAAACUACUACCUGUAUCCUUCAGAUGGAGGGCAGAUUGAAGUAGAAAAGACAACGUUUGAAAAAGGCCCGACUUUCAUCAAAGUGAAAGUGCAGAAGGACAAACACAAUUUUAUAAUUCAUUUGAAAGACCCUAAGAAACUUGUGAAAAAGGGAAACAAAGAAGAGGAUUAUGCUUCAGAAGACGAGACAGAAGAAAGAGCGGGAAAACAGGAUCUUGAAAUGGAAGACUCAAAUGCAAAGAAUAAAGCUGUCAGCAAGUUUGGAUCUUUUUCUGCCACUUUGGAAAAUGGAAUCCGCCUCUCAAUAAGUUACUAUGGGUCAAAUGGAAUGGCGCCAGAGGAUAAGGAUCCUAAUUUGGAAGCAAUGUUGAAUAUCCCUUCAGUGCAUACUCCCACAGUAAUUCCUGUUAUCGUGCCUGUCCCUCAAACCAAAAGCAAAGGGAAAACAAAAGGAAAAGAAAAACCCAAAGAAUCUCUUAAAGAAGAAGAGCACCCAAAAGAAGAAGAAAGAAAGGAAGAAGUCGAACCAGAGCCUGUUUUACAGGAGACUGUGUAUGUCCCCACCUUCCAAAACCUGACUGUGUCCUGCCCGAGUGGGCUCGUAGCGACCUUCAUUGGACAGGAGUCUCCAGAUAAGUACGUUAUGGAUGAGGAACCCACCUGGGACAUCAUGGUCCGACAGAGCUACCCCCAGAAGGUGAAGCACCAAGAGUUCUACAGAACGGUGAUGCCCCCAAUGGAGCAGGAGGCAUCGAGAGUCAUCACCAGUCAAGGAACUGUUGUCAAAUACAUGCUGGAUGGAUCCACACAGAUUCUCUUUGCAGAUGGUGCCGUUAGCACCAGUCCCGAUUCCGGGCCUGUGUGUCCGCCUGUGGAAGCGCCCACAAGCCCUCCUAGUGGGGACCUGCAGGACUCGGCUUCCCAGCAAAAAUCCGAAACAGCACAGUCAGAUAUCAUCACAAAGAAAGGAAAAAGUCACAAAAAUCAAUCAACUGUGCCACAUAAGAAUGAAAUCCAUGAACCUACCCCAGAAGUGGUUCGAACAGUAACUCCUGUGGAGGUUCAUGUAGGCACCUGGUUUACAACCACACCUGAAGGAAAUCGGAUUGGCACCAAAGGAUCAGAAAGAAUAGCAGACUUGGCACCGUUUUUAUCCUUUCAAGCCACAGAUCCUGUCAAUGGAAUGGUUAUGACGACUCGAGAAGACAACGUGGUCAUUGUUGAAAAGAAAGAUGGGACUCGGAUAGUGGAUCACGCUGAUGGCACCAGAAUCACCACCUUUUACCAAGUUUAUGAAGAUCGUAUUAUUCCUCCGGAUGAUCAAGAAAUAAGUCCUCAGACUGUCACCAGGCAGGUGAAGUGCAUGCGGAUAGAAAACUCGUACUAUGCCACUGUCAUUACCAACUGCGAGGAUAGUAGCUGCUGCGCCACCUUUGGGGACGGGACAUCUGUUAUUGCAAAGCCACAGGGGACGUACCAGGUCUUACCUCCAAACACAGGCUGUCUUCAUAUUGAUAGGGAUUGUUCGGCUAUAUAUUGCCACGAAUCAAGCAGUGAUAUGUACCAUCCCUUUCAAAAACGUGAGCAGCUGAGAGUUAGCAGGUACAUCAUGAAGCACACCUCAGAGGUUGUCUGUGAGGUCCUGGAUCCUGAGGGAAACACCUUCAAGGUCAUGGCUGAUGGUAGCACAUCGACUAGACUACUUGAAAACCAUCUGGAAGAUUAUUUAAAGGCAGAACCUGAAGGCUAUGAUAGUUUAUCAUCUACUCACCUUCAUAAGAAUCACUUGCAAGUCUAUGGUGAACAUGUUCCCAGGUUUUUUGUUAUCUAUGCCGAUGGGUCAGGAGUGGAACUUCUUCGAGACAGUGACAUAGAAGAAUACCUGUCCUUGGCAUAUGGAGAAUCCACCACCGCCGUUCUUCAAGACCCCGUACAGGAGCAGCCGGGGACCCUCAGCAUCACUGUCCUUCGUCCCUUCCACGAAGCAUCACCAUGGCUAAUGAAGAAAGAAUUAGAUACAAUUGUCCCUCCUAAUCUCCAGUCAAGGUCAUGGGAGACGUUUCCGUCAAUUGAGAAAAAAACUCCAGGACCCCCUUUUGGCACUCAGAAUUGGAAGAAACGUACCACUGGGGCCAAACAGCUCGUGGGGGCCCCAGCCCCGAUACUCAAGUGUCCCAAGGUGCUGCAGAUACGCCAGUUCAUCCAGCACGAGGUCAUAACAGAUGAGGUGAAACUGAAGCUGCAGGUGUCCCUUAAGGAUUAUAUAAACCAUAUUCUAAAGAAAGAAGAUGAGCUCCAGGAAAUGACAGUUAAAGAUUCCAGAACUGAGGAGGAAAGAGGCAAUGCUGCAGAUCUCCUCAAGUUGGUUAUGUCUUUCCCUAAAAUGGAGGAAACUACAAAAAGUCACGUUACCGAAGUUGCAGCCCACCUAACGGAUUUAUUCAUGCAAUCUUUGGCUCCUGCUACGGAAAGCCUUACAGACAUCUUUACUACGGAUUUCUUUGAAAAGAAAUGGACGCACACAACCACAGCAAAGCACUGGAAAGAACAGUUAGCUCACAAGAGGAAGGAAAUCGAAAACACACGCAAUUAUUUAAUGGAACUUAAGAGCAAAAUAAUAUCACCCUACUGCAAAUCUGAAUUGAGGAUGUUACGUCAGUCUCAGUUUAAUUAUCUGGACACCCUUUCGAAAAACUUGCCUCCUUUUACGAAGAAAGAUGAAGAUGCAAAGAAAAGAGCUGUUCAGCAUCCCCCUGACCUUCCUCCAGGCUCCCAGCCAAAUGAACUUUUACAACAGGAAUCCUCAGAUACGCGUGGUCUUCCAAAAUUGGAGAGUCGUGUGGAUAUCCAGGAGUCCGCCAACCAGGGCCAGACUGAAAAUGUAACAAAAUCUACAGCAGAACCAGAACCUUGGGUGCCCCUGAAAAUUCCAACCAAGUCAUUGCUGCAGGAUGUGGCAGGACAACCAAGGAAAGAGAAAGUGAGGUUGCCUCACUAUUUGCUGAGUUCCAAGCCCAAGUCUCAACCUCCCACAAAGGUGCAAGAUUCUGUUGGAGGAAGAGUGAAAACAUCCUCUGUUGCGUCCAUUGCCAUUAAAAACGCACACUCAUCCCCUUUUGGAUUCCAUCUUCUCCCACCAUCGGUGAAGUUCGGGGUGCUUCAAGAAGGACACACCUAUGCGACCACUGUCAAACUCAUGAACGUCGGCGUGGAUUUCUGCAGGUUUCGAGUGAAGCAGCCCCCGCCCAGCACCGGACUGAAAGUGAUCUACACACCUGGGCCCGUGGCCGCUGGUUUGCAGACAGACCUGAAGGUGGAGUUCUUUGCCAUGGCGCCUGGAGAGGACAGUGCCGAGGCCUCAGUGCACGUCUCUCACAAGAUUGAGAUCCUGACUGAGCGCGAUGUCCUGUUCUUACCUGUGGAAGCGACAGUUUUAACAAGCAGCAGUUACGCUAAGACACCAAAAGGUUUUCCCCAGGAACGAGAAAACCCCAUGGUCCGCAGGACGUCUGCAGUGCCUUCCUCUGCUCUUGGAUUCUUCAUGUCCCAGGAAGUCUCUCCACAUUAGGCCCAGAGCUUCCCAAUCCUAAGGAAUGGACAUGUUACAGAAGCAAGGCAGAGAAAAGCAGCGGCUGGGCUUGAGAGUACCUACCUGCCACUACGAGGAAGUGUGUGAGUCCACAGGACUGCAGCUUGAAUUAGCCC